AUGUCCUGUGCUGAAGCUGGUGGUACAGAGCUCUACGCCCACAGGAAAUCCUGCCCCAGCACCUUUUCCCUGGGAAUGAACCAGGCCCUGCUGCACAGCUCCAGGCUUCCCACUGCUGGGAGGCUGCGGGACCAAGGUCCACGUUGGCCCUUUUGUCAGGAGGAACAGUUGCUGGGGCCCAAGAUCAGCGCGGGGCUCGCGUUCCUGGUGGCCGAGGUGCUGCCGGCCGCCGUGAGCGGGCGCUGGACGCUCGCGCUGGCCCCGCGCGCUCUGGCACUCAGCCGUCUGGCCGUGCUCCUCACCCUGCCAGUAGCCUUUCCCGUGGGGCAGCUGCUGGAGCUGGCGGCGCGACCCGGGCGGCUACGGGAGCGCGUGCUGGAGCUGGCACGAGGCGGCGGCGACCCCUACAGCGACCUCAGCAAGGGCGUGCUGCGCUACCGGACGGUGGAGGAGGUGCUCACGCCGCUUGAGGACUGCUUCAUGCUAGACGCCAGCACCGUGCUGGACUUUGGCGUCCUGGCCAGCAUCAUGCAGAGCGGCCACACGCGCAUCCCCGUGUACGAGGAGGAGCGCUCCAAUAUCGUGGACAUGCUCUACCUCAAGGACUUGGCCUUCGUGGACCCCGAGGACUGCACGCCGCUCAGCACCAUCACCCGCUUCUACAACCAUCCGCUCCACUUUGUCUUCAAUGACACCAAGCUCGACGCCGUUUUGGAGGAGUUUAAGCGAGGGAAGUCCCACCUGGCCAUCGUACAGAAGGUAAACAAUGAGGGUGAAGGUGACCCCUUCUACGAGGUCCUGGGCCUGGUCACCCUGGAGGACGUCAUUGAGGAGGUCAUCAAGUCUGAGAUCCUGGACGAGUCUGGGGACUACCGAGACACCACAGUGAGGAAGAAGCCUGCUUCUCUUAAUGCCCCUCCCAGGCGGAAAGAGGAAUUCUCCUUGUUCAAGGUGUCCGACGAUGAGUAUAAAGUGAAAAUCUCGCCCCAGCUGCUCUUGGCCACCCAGCGCUUCCUUUCCCGAGAGGUGGAUGUGUUCAGCCCAUUGCGAAUCUCCGAGAAGGUCCUGCUGCACCUGCUGAGGCACCCCAGCGUCAACCAGGAGGUGAGGUUUGACGAGAGCAACCGCCUGGCUGCACACCAUUACCUGUACCAGCGCAGCCAGCCGGUGGACUACUUCAUCCUCAUCUUGCAGGGCAGGGUUGAGGUGGAGAUCGGGAAGGAAGGCCUGAAGUUUGAGAACGGGGCCUUCACCUACUACGGCGUGUCUGCCCUGACAGCGCCAUCCUCCGUUCACCAUUCCCCAGUGUCCUCGCUCCAGUGCCUCCGCCAUGACCUGCAGCCCGAGCCAGCUGACGGCACCUGCUUGUCCACAUACUGUCCUGACUACACCGUGAGGGCCCUCUCUGACCUGCAGUUCAUCAAGGUCACACGGCUACAGUACCUCAAUGCACUCCUGGCUACCCGAGCCCAGAACCUGCCACCGUCCCCUGAGAACUUGGAUCUCCAGGUCAUCCCAGGCAGCCAGACUAGGCUCCUCAGCGACAGGACAGCUGCAGAGGCAGGGUCCAACCACGGCGGACCCGGCCUCCCAGCGGAGGAGAGCCCUGGGCGGAACCCAGGAGUUUAACUGCUUGCCAGGCAGCCCCAGGUCUGGGGAAUAGACAAGCACGUGGGGAGUGGAGAGAGCCCAGCCAUGGAGUAGCUUCCUGCCAGCCUGUUCUCAUCCCCUCUAGGCCACGUUUUAGAUGGCCCUUGUAGAUGUGGCCCUGAGCUGUUCUCAGAACCAGACGUCAGUGCCGGGAGCCUUCAGCAGGUCUUGCCUCCUUUAGGAAAUGGGGGUCAGUGGGGCUCAGCCCUCCAGGCCUGCUUCUGAAGGGAGUGAGAGGGACACCAUCAUCUCCAUUGUCCGGGCCCAGCCUCCUCCCUGUGCCGGUGCAGUGUACCUGUACCUCUUCGGGCCAAGCCAUGAUGUGAGUGCACGAUUACUGCCUUUACGUGGCCGUGACCUGUACUCACUUUGCUUCUACUCUGCCAACCUUCUGCUGCUGGCAGCACCUCCUGAGCAAACCAAGAGCACCAGUUUUGGCUGGGGGUUCAGAUCCAUGGCAUUGGCCAUGGCGAACUUUGUGGCUUCCCUGAUAGUGCCAUGUCUCCGCACGCCCCAGCCUGUCCUAUGUGCCAAACCUGGAAGCUCGAUUCCUCAUGAGUCUGUGCCACUAGUCCUCCCCCUCCUGUGGAGGGGGCUGUUCUGACCCUUCCAGAGCCCUGAGCAAGUCAGCUGGCCCCCGGGGGACUGGGAAGGCCUGCUGUUCCUGCUGUGCCUCUGCCUGUACUGCUUAGAGGCCAAUAACGGUAUUGUCACUUUCUGUGUUUUAACAAGAGGUCACGUGUGAGAGGAAGGGCCCUUCUGCUGCACCUAAUCCUUUCCUCAUGUCAGAUCCCAGGACGAGUAACCAACUGUUAGACUCGUCUCACGCCUUCCCCUCGGCUUUGGCCAGGGGUGGUGUGGCUGUGAGUGCAUGGAGAGCAGUGAGGGAGGGGUCAGAUAAGGACCAAGUAGAUCAUCGCCUUUCUUUUAAAAAAGAACAUGGAAUCAGAGUUUGCUGUCUCUCUCAAACAUUUCAAGCUCUUUGCCUGUUUCCUGUCCCUGGCGACGGGGUAAGGCAUUUGUCUUUUUCUUCCAGUUUAUCUCUAUCUACCGAAGCCCACAGUUCAGCUGUUUAGAAACAGGCACCACAGGGACCUAGGAUCUUAGAUUGGGCAGGGGAAGUGGAGGGUUUCUAGAAUCUUUUUCUCAAAGGAAUUUGGGUCUUUAUCUGGGAUCAACGGGGAUGAAGGUCAAACAGUGGCCUGCUUGCUGAGAAGUCGUUCUCAAGGAAUUUACUCCAAGAGCAAAAUCCCAUGAGAAACAGAUAAGCAGGUCCUCAUUAUUGUCUCAUUGUAAUGCCGAUGGGACACCCUGGGAACAUAACUCUUGCUGGUUUCAGUCAGCCGGUGUGGUAAAUUGCAGAACCUGUUGACCACUCUAAGUGAGGACUUACUGUACUUCACAAUCAUCUCUCCGGAACAGUGGUUCUUCACCUUGGCUGCACAUUAGAAUCACCUGGCAAAUUAAGAAUACGGAUACCUGGGGCCCACCCCCAGGGAAGAUAUAAUUGGUCUGAGCAUCAAGAUUUUAGUGUUUGAAAUAAUUUUAGAUUCACAGAAGAGUUCCACGUAUCCUUCAUCUAGCUUCCCCAAAUGUUAACAUCACCUCGGUACCUUUAUCAGAACUGAAAGAUUAAUAACACUGGUACAAAAAUAACUAAAUUACACUUUAUAUGGAUUUUACCCGUUUUUCCAAUGUCCUUUUUCAGUUGCAGGAUCCAUUCCAGGGUACCAAUUUGCAUUUAGAGCUAUUGCUUUUUUUUUUCUAUUUGUUUUGAAAUUACCGUCAUAGGAGGUUGCGAAGAUAGAGGUACCCUUCACCCUGUUUUCCUCAGUGGUUACAUUUUUCUUAGUUAUAAUACAGUAUCAAACCAGGAAUCAGACACUGGGCAGUGAGGGUGUAUAGUUACCUGUCAUCUCGAGUGUAGCUUUGUGUAAAUCACCACUACAGUCUAGACACAGCUGUCCCUUCACCAUCAGGAUCUCCCUCCAACUAUCAGAGCCACGCCUGCGCGUCCUGCUGCCGUCCCUCAUCCCUGCAACCACUGGUCUGUUUGUCAUCUCUCUAAUUUUGUCAUUUCAAGAAUGUUGUAUAAAUGGGGUCAUAUAGCAUGUAACCAUUUGGGAUUGGCUUUUCUCAGCAUAUACUCUGGAGAUUCAUCCAGGAUGUUGCGUGUGUCCACAGUUCGUCCCUUUUGGUGGUUGCCUGGUGUUCCAUGGUAUGCUCAUUGUUCCAAUUAAGGACAUCUGGGUGGUUUCCAGUUUUCGACUAUCCCAAAUAAAGCUGCUAUGAACAUUCAUUACA